GAGAUGUCGUCGCCCACACUUGAACAUCCACACAGAUACCAUGCCUUCAUCUACUACUGUCCCGACACAGAUACAAACAACGCAAAGAAAAUACUAGAAGUUAUAGAAAACGAGGGCUUUCAGUGCUGCUUCCCUGAGAAAGAUUUCUUACCAGGAGGAGCUCAAAUCGAUCUGGUCGUUGACGCCAUACAUAGUUCCCGCCAUGUGAUUCUGGUGAUUUCCCCGUCGUCAUUACAAAGCGAGUGGAGCAACUUUGAGAUGCUGAUUGCUGUGGACGAUUCCCAUACCCGGAACAGCGUUUGUCUGGUUCCGGUACUGCUAGGCGGGGUCAAGCUAGGAUGUCUCCCACCUACACUCCGACUUCUUACUUGUGUAGAACUCCGUGAAAAAUUCGAGAAUGUUCAUGAUAUCAUCCAGGCCAUUAAAAAAGCACAUUACACCUGGGAGUCCCUUUUACCUGUGGGGAAUCUGGCGCAUGAUUUUGCCUGGGGAUAUUAUUUCAGAUACCUCAAAAUCAUUUUACCAAAAAAGAUUUGA